GGAAGGCUGCUGCAGGGGAACAGGCACUACCGCGGAAGAGCACGAAAUCAAAAUCUGUGGCUGGGCGGGGAGCAGCAAGGCUGUCUGCUCCAACAAACUGCAGGGACAAGGAUUCUGGUCUGAUCCAAAACUGCCAAGAUGUGUCGGCUGGAUCAUCUGGACCCCAGUGGCAUCCAGAAGCUCUUGAUGAAAACGGGACUCAUCCUGAUAGUCAUCGGCCACCUGAACUUCAUUGUCAGUGCUUUGGUUCACGGAACUGUGCUGCGCCACAUCGCCAACCCUCAGGAUGCCAUCUCCCUGCAGUAUGCCAUCUCCAACAUCAUUUCGGUGACCUCAGCCAUCUUGACAAUCUCUUGCGGAAUAGCAGGCAUUGUGCUCUCCAGAUACAUAUCCAGGAAACCCCUGAGAUGGGUGGUCUUCUCCCUUAGCAUCAGCAGCGCCUUCCUCUCCUUGUUCUGCGCAGUGGGGCUGGCGGUCUCCAUCGUUCUCACGUUUGUUAACAACGGGCAUGCCCUGCUGGCCUUGUGCACUUUUGCCGACGUGGACUUCAUCCAGAUUGUGCACGAGUGCCCCUUUGACCCUACCCGAGUCUAUAGCUCCACACUGUGUCUUUGGGGUCUUUCACUCCUCCUGGAUUCUAUAGAGAUCAUCUUCAGCAUCCGAUGCUUCCUGAUCCUGCUAGCAAUCUUGAACCUGAGGCUCUGCCGCAGAAGAACUCGCAAGAAAAAUGUUUCACUACAGCUCGUCACAGCUGAGAACCGAGAAGUCUGCGAUCUCUUGAGUCGAGAUCAAGUGGAGACCGUGUGGCUCUAGUGGCAGCGACGGGCUGUUGACUGUACCGGACAGACUCUUCUGUGCCACCUCCCGGCUUGACCUCUCUCGCCAUUCCAAGUCCGGCGGGGCAGAUGGCCCGCUCGGUCUAAGCUGUGGGUGUGGCUUCAAGCCCAGCUGGGCCAGCAGCCUCCCUCCCCAGAUGCCGAAACCCUUUCCUGCUAUAAUCAAUAUGCAGAGGCUGGCGCUGCAAAAUCUAUUUCAAGCAACUCUUUCCCAAGAACAAAGAGAUCAGCUAUGCCCAGCUGCGGGCGCUUCUGAACUUUGCCCUUACUGAGCAUCUGAAAUGUCUGUGCAGGCCGUUGCACUGAGAACAAAAAAAACCCACCCUUUAUUUUGAAGGUCUGAAAAAGAAACAAACCCCACAAUUCCUCCCCCAACAUGCACUCCAGGGAUGGGUGGAUUAAGCAGCUGCUAUGCCGUCUCCGGACUGCUGGGCCAAGGAGGCUCUCAACUCUUUCUGAGGUAGAAAAGGUCCCACAAGGUGAUGACGGCUCCUGGGCUGGCUUGCCUGGAGGCCUGCCGAGGAGGGGGCGGGGUAAGGAGCUCACAUUGUACAUCUGCAAGCAGUAGAUGGAUCAACUAACUAGAGGGUGCACAUUUUAAUAGGAGAGAGUUGGUUUUGGCCUGGAAUUUGUUUAAGAGAGAACAGGAAACAACCAAGCCAGCCUUUCAUUCUGAUAAAGACUGAUCUUUGUUUGUGGAAUUGUGAAGCACUCUGCCUCGUCUUCAGUAUCUCAAAAGGGCACCUGUAUUGAGGCUUUGGAAGUACACUAAUCAAUUUGCACUGAAUGAGCAAAUUGAUUAAGUGGCAGCGGGCUUGCAGCUCAGAAUCUGUAAUUGCUUAAGGAUGCUAGUAGCAAGCCAGCCCCUAUUGCUGAAGCUCCACACCUUUAGGCGGAGAGUGGCCGGAGAGGCAGCAUCUCUCAGGGUACCCAGUGAGGCUUGAAGGGCCUCUACUUGCCAGUCCCCCCACUGUAGUUUCUGACUACUCAUUUGCAUGGAAUACUGGUAAUGUUGAAGGUUAAUCAUGCCUGUUGGUGGAGGUGAAAAACGGGGGCUCUCAAAAAGGGUUGCAAGGAGCAAGA